GGCGCUGACAUCAGAAUCAGGUCGGAUUUAGUGGAUUUUGUGGAUUAUCUUUCUCCGCAGCGCCUCUAGCCUUCACACCUGGCCUCUAUCGGAACAUUUAUCUGUUUAUCGAAAUGAUUUCAACCGAGGUUCACUAAAAUAAACAUUUUAUUUUGUCCAAAAGACUAAAUCCUCCGCGGAAAGAGAGCCUCGAGCGGACGCGUUGCCUUGGUAACGGCUCUCAGGAUGGUGGACUCUGGCCCUAGCCCGUGGUUGGAGGCUCACUCUGACCCUGUAGCUGGUCUGAACACCCUCUCCUCGUGCAUGGACCUGGCUGACCUCAGUGGAGAUGGGGAAAACUGUCUGGUUGUGGCUGAUCUGGGCUCCUCGUCCAGUGGGUCCCUGGGCUCCGGGAUGAAACUCAAGGUUUUCCGUGGUACGUCCCUUGUCAGUGAGUCCUCCCUCCUCGACCUCCCCUCGGGUCUUGUGGCAUUCUUCAUGGACCUAAACGAGCCUCGUGUUCCUGCUUUGGCUGUGGCCUCUGGACCCUGUGUUUACGUCUACAAGAACCUCAGGCCAUACUUCAAGUUCACCCUCCCAGGGCUCGAGGUGGACCCACUGGAACAGGAGGUCUGGCAGCAGGUGCGCUUGGGACAGAUCGACACUGUGGCUCUGAAGGACCUUCUGGAGGGCAUCAGGACUAAAUCGGAGCUGCCUCUCUCCCAGCGUUCGCUCCGGUUCCUCUCCCUAGAACCAGAGAACAUGGAGGAGUUUGUGAUGAUGCAUCAGGGACAGCCAAUCAGGAGACAGACAGUGAUCACAUGUAUGGGGACCCUGAAGAAGAGCACAGCAGACGAGGAUGGAGUGAGCUGUUUAGUGAUUGGGACAGAGUCCAGUGAGGUGUACGUGCUGGAUCCUGAGGCUUUUAUCAUACUGGCAAAGAUGUGUGUUCCAGCGCCCCCAGUGGUGAUGGAUGUGAGUGGACAGUUUGAUGUGGAGUUCAGGAUCACUGUGGCGUGUCGGGACGGAGCCGUGUAUAUCCUGCGCAGAGACUAUGAUAAGCCUAAAUACUGUGUGGAGCUGUCCUCUCACUGUGUGGGUCUGGUGCGUGUGGGAAAGACUGUGGUGGUCGGCUGCAGUGACCAGACGCUCCAGGGAUUCACCCAGAAGGGUAAGCGUCUGUGGUCGGUCCCUCUCCCCGCCCCUAUCACCUCCAUGGCCCCUAUGCGCCUCUCGUCUCGGGGCUUCAGUGGGGUGCUCGUGGCCCUCGCGUCCUGUGAGCUCAGACUAUAUCAGGACCAGUGGGUGCUGAACACCCAAAGGACCCCGGAGCCCGUCACCGCGCUGACAUUUGGUCGCUACGGCCGUGAGGACGGGACUGUUGUCAUGGCGACGCAGGGAGGGGCCAUGCUGGUGCAUAUCCUGCGGCGUACAGCGUCUCUACAGAAGCCAGAGGGGGGCGGGCCCCCGGGGGCCCAGAGCGUGCGUCUGAACGUCCCAAAGAAGAGCCAGCUGUUUGUAGAUCAGACACUGAGAGAGAGAGAGCAGGGGCCCCUGAUGCACCGCGCCUUCCACAGAGACCUGCUGCGCACACGGCUGAGGACCGCCCAGGCAUACAGCCGCGCUCUGGAGGCGUCUACCGGCCCCUCGUCCGAACAGGGGCCCGUGAAGCUGCACGCCGCUGUGCAGGGCCUGGGGCCAAACUUCAGACUCACUCUGUAUGUGGUGAACGCCGCGGCGCUCCGACCAAUCACAGGCCUGUCUCUGUGCAUGCUGUAUGACCCCGCCCUUUACACUGUGGCCCCGCCCCUGCUGCGACUGCCCCUGUUGGCUCCCGGGCUCACCUACGCCCUGCAGACACGGGUCACCUGCACUGGCCCCGCCCUCUGUGAUGUCAUCAAGGUGUGCGUGCUACAGGAGGGGAGGAGCGCCCCUCUGCUGACGGCCCACAUCAACAUGCCCCUCCCAGAGGCCCUUUAA